AUGGGAUAUCCCGGAGAAGGGUGCGUGCUGCUAAUCGAGCGACUGGAAAAUGGCUUCCAACAAAAUCAAAUGCACAGAGUGCACCGUCGCAGUCUCUGCAACUACGAAACUACAGUAAACACCCUUCCAGAAGCUCCCCUUGGCGGAUUUUUGUUCUUGGGGAUCAAAGUAUCAAAAACGUCUGAAAUUCAAAGAUGCAUCAAUGGAUCCUUUAUGGCCGUAGGGGCUGUUGUUCCGGUUGACCGUCAGGCCCUGAAAUUCCAUGAUGCAGCAGAUUAG